GUGAGGGGCGGCCCGGCUCCGCCCCGCAGGCCCCGGGACGAAGCUCCGCAGCUCCCGGCGCUCGGGGCCUUUCCCGGGCGGGCCCGGCGCGGCCAUGGCGGGGCUGGAGCCGCUGUACGCCUGGGCGAGAGCGGCCGUUUCCCGCCCGCAGGACGCGUUGAUCUGCGGUGUCCACUGGGAGCUGGUCCGACGUGGCUACCGCUGCCUGGGUGCUGGCGACCAGCCAGGUCCUGAUGAGAGAAAGUCGGAGCUGCUGCCCGCCGGCUGGGAAGCCAACAAGGAGGUGUAUACGCUGCGGUACAAGUCCACGGACGAUGUCCGUGAGCUGCUGCUGAAGGCCAUCAUGGUGGAAGACAGUAUGAUCCUCAACGUCAUGGAUCGCAGUUCUCAGAAGGUGGCAGAUGUGACCUUGACAGUGGCUGACUACAUCAACCCAGAGCACCUGGACGAUUUCCACAAGGUGUACAAGAACACUGAGGAGCUGAGGACAAGGAUUGCUUCGGGCAUCCUCGCUCCCCUUGGGGCCCCUGCAGAAAAGGCAAAAAAGGAGCCUGAGCCUGAGAAGAAGGAUCCUGACCUGCGGGAGGAUUACGACCCCCUCAGGCUUCCUCCCCGGCAGCCAGCAAGCACGAGAGCACCGUCCUGGCCUUCCCCCUUGAGCCCCUUCGCUGUUGGUGGGGAAGACCUGGACCCUUUCGGAGGUCGGAGUGGGGGAAUGAUCGUGGAUCCUCUCCGGUCUGGCUUCCCGCAGCCCGGCAUUGACCCGUCGUCGGGCAUCCCAGGCCGGCUUCCCCCGGGAGCGGUUCCACCAGGUGCCAGAUUCGACCCCUUCGGCCCGUUGGGGGCUGGCAGAUCCGGGCCAGAUCCCGACCACCUUCCCCCUCCAGGCUAUGACGACAUGUUCAUGUGAGGAGUCACCGCGUGGCUUCUCACGGCUGUGGCCAGAGCAGUCUCCUGGGAAGCAGGAGCACUUUCCCCUCUUCGCUCCCCGUUUGGUGGACUUUGAUCUUUUCAGCAGCGUUUUUCUUCUCCCCGUUCAAGGCCACAUUCCUGUGUGUCAGGUUUCCCUGUGUGCACAACAGGAGACAGUAAGUUUGUGCUCCUCUGAGGGUGCCCGGCCGUUUGCACCCAGCUGAAGUGGUCCUGCCCCGCGCGAGGCGGCAGCUCGGGGUGCAGCACGGUGCUUUGAGAACGGGCUGGGUGCUGGGGGGGUUUCCUCCUCUGCUUCUCCCGGGUGGCCCCGCUUUUGCUGCCGGGGUUUACACAAGCGGUCGGCGCUGAGGAGGGAGCUUCUUGCUGCUCCUGUGCUGGGGAGCUGCCGUAGCCUCGCUGAAGGCAGCAGCCGGAGCGGGCUCCCCACGCAGAGAUGGUUUCUGUCUUGUUCUUUAUCCAAGUGAAGGGCUGAUCGAGGGCUGAGAUCAGCUUCUGCCCGGCCGUGCCUGCUGGCUUUAGAGAGCAAAGCCAGGGCGCUGGGCUAGGAGGGGAGGGUCCUCGGUAGCCCCACGACCGGCCGGGUCCAGCGUUGGCUCUCCAGGCGCGGCGGAUCUGAGCCCUUCUGGGGAUCCUCACGGGGGGCUGGCUCAGCUGUGGGAUUUGCUUUGCAGAAGGGGUUUUCAGGAACACGUUUCCUUACCAUCGCAUUGCACAAGGCUGGUGCAGCUCUGGCUGAACAAUGCCGAACACCUUGGGGGAGGACCGGUGAGAUCUGCGUGGCUCAGUCUCCCGAGCUUUCGGGAAACACCCCCCACCUUCCCCACAGCUCCCCCCAGGUCUGUUAAUUUUGGGGCUGCAGCUCGUCUGUCCUGUCAAGGGGUUCAGACUGUUUUUUUUUCCUUCUCGUGGUUUGAUUUCUUGGGAGGAUGUUCAUGAGACUGAAAUAAAAACCUGCCAACA